AUGAAGAAAGAAGUGAAAUUUGUUGUUUAUGUACUGAAUCUCGCUGUGACAGCAUUGACAGCGGAGCCCGCAUGCCCUGUAUGUUCGAGAUAUCAUUAUGAAGAGACGUUGUUGGAGCGAGUUCUCCGCAAUGAGCUUGCAUUGGAACAAACGCUCAAAGACAUCAAGGAAACUAAUACAAAAGUUGUGGAUUCAUUGAAGGAGCUUCAAAAUGAAAACAAUAAAGUCAACACUGCUAUUGAAUUAAUGGAACGCAAGCAGAUUUCAAUGGAAGCAACAUUGGGCGAUACCAUUAAAACAGCAUUGGCAAAUGUAUCUGAAUCUCUGUCUCACAUCCUGACUGAAUCGGGACGUUCGAUUAAAGACAUGGAGGACAGAGUGGAGCGCUUUAAAGGAGAUAUGAAGACCCCAACAGUACUGUUUCGUGCCCAGCUCGCCUCCUCUAUAACUGUCAACACUGGUCAAGAUGUAGUGUUUACGCGAGUGGAGGUCAACGAAGGUCGAUGCUAUGACAAUGGAACAGGCAAGUUCGCCGCUUCUGUUGCCGGUCUAUACAUCUUUGCCCUACACUAUUGCACCCAGGGUAACAAAUGGAUUGACGCGGAGAUUGUACACAACAACAAGACUCUACAGAGAUUCGCGCACUACGGGACUGAAGGGAAGUACCUGGGCUCGUCACUGCAGGCCUAUGUCAUGAUGGUCAUGGGUGACAUUGUCUGGAUGAGAACUACCUCAACAAGUCACUUUAAUCAGAAUGAUAGUCAUUGUACUACUACAUUUUCGGGAGUACUGAUACGUGCUUGA